AUGGCGUCUGGCGGCUCGUGUAACCCAUCUUCUACUCUAUCUCCGAAACAGAGAUUCCAGGCUCAUGUUCGAACCUUGAGUUCUGAUAGCAUUUCUACCUCCGGGUCCCAGACGUCGCCACAACGAUCCCCAGAGUUGCAGCAUGUCUCGAGUCUACGAGUCCAAUCUCGCGAGAGCCCUUCUCUGUAUCAAGCCUCUCGACCAAAUUCUGUCUACAAAUUCGGCGAUGAGCCACCUUUCAUUCGACAGGAGCGGGAAGCAUGGAGCAGAGCAUCUCCGAGUCGACAGCGUGGAGACAUCUCUCCACAGAUGUACAUUCUACCGCCACCAGAACAAGAAAGGCCGGCAAUGCAGCCAGCCAAACACAUGAAGGAGACAAAUGGUUUUGCCCCGUUGGCAGGGCCUAUUGAUGUGGACGCCCGAUUGAAAACUGGUCAAAGACAUAAUCAUAAUUCGAACCAGGAACGGCAAUACUCGUCACGCAAUUCCAAGUUUGCUGAAGGGAGUAUGAACGAGAGAUCUACCGGUGUCUCCUCUACUUGGCUGGAACAUGAAUCCGACUCCUGUAUUUCUGAUACCGAGUCGGAUAAUGACUCUACUCCUCGGGCCUCACCUCAACGCUCCUCUGUCGAUUUAGAAGAAUUCAAGCCAGCAGCGGUGACGCCGGCCACAUUGAGACAACGACUCUUCAAAAUUGGCACCGCUUUCAAAUCGCACGAGCAUGCCAGGAAGCAGGUGGAAUCAGAGACACAGCCCGAAGGGGAGAAGAACAAGAAGAAGAAAGGACUUCGAAAAAGUAUCUCAAUGUGGAACAUUCACAACGUCGGCGGAAAGAUGAAGACUUUUGGUGGUUCGUCAACUGACCUGACUCCGAAGGCGGCCACCCAGGACAAAACCCUCGAGGUACUCAACGACCGAAAGAGGAAAGCCGAAGAAGCAUACGCUCAGCAAUUUGGACCGAAGAAGAGGAAGUCCAAUGUCGGCCAAGAAACAAACCUACAUGAGCAAGCACCGGAAAAGACGCCAUCAGCAACCGGAGGUCGGCCAGUCUCUCGCCGUGAGAGCAAGACCCCAAUCAAGAAGCGACGCACAGCUCAACCCGCCCCUGUGGAGAUCACAGCGGACUGUGACAUCGUUGGCUCUCACAGCGACAUCGAUCAUCACAAACGCCCAAGUCGCCGGGAGUUGGAGAAGGAAAACCAACAACUCCGUGCUAUGUUGAGACAGCAGCAUCAAGAACCUGUUUUGGAGCUCAAAGAUUCUCAACCGAAACCGACCUCCACAUCUCUACAGCCGCCGGCUGAAUCCGGACAUGAAUCCGACAUGAUACCAGCGAAGUUAUCCUGCAAGAAGCCAAAUCAGAAACCACGAAGAGAGUUGCCUCCCAUUCCUCAAAUACCAGAGCGAAUCGUUCUGAAGAAUCUAAGCAAUACUAGACAGCAGCCUCAAGCAAAAGCGAAGAACAUGAAUAACAACGCCAAUACGAACACAAGCCCUAAUCAUAUUCCCCAUAUCGGUCCUGAUGCUGCGAAGGAGGUGAAACCAAUAAGUGCUGUACCACUUGGGCUUCCGCGACCGUUCUCUGUCAUUCUUGAGGAAGACGAAGAAGCGGAGAUCAAGAGUCCAAGCCCUCAGUGCGCGAGGCGACUAGAGUCCGGCGAGGUUGAGAAGAUCAAGAUACAUGGACCGACGGCUUUGCAGAUGAAAGGAGUUAAACGAGAGCAAUGGGAGUGGCCCGAGGAUGUUUUUUAG